AUGGGAACUUCGGACGAGAUUCACCAGGAGUUGUGCCAACGGGUGAUGCUGUUGGAUGGAGCAAUGGGUACCAUGAUACAGAGGCACAUGUUGGACGAGAGCGAUUUCGAGGGCGAGCGCUUCAUCGGCCAUCAACCGUCCGUAAAAGGCAACAACGACCUGCUAUGUCUGACUAUGCCAGACAUCGUGUAUGGCAUACAUCGCCAGUACUUGGAGGCAGGCGCCGACUUCAUAGAAACGAACACCUUCAACGCCAACCGAGUGUCUCAGGCCGACUACGGUCUUCAGCAGCUUGUUCCAGAGCUGAACGUUGCGGCGGCGACGAUCGCCAGGAGGGCGACGGCUGAUUUCCAAAAGGCAACAGGAAAAAGAUGCUACGUUUGCGGUGCCAUUGGGCCGACCAACAAAACCCUGUCAUUGUCGCCGUCCGUCGACCGGCCGGAGUACAGGAGCAUUUGUAUGGCGACGACUUUGUUACCUACCUUUUCCUAUUUGCAUUCUUUCCCUGUAGCGUUCGACGAGAUUGCUCAAGCGUACGACGAGCAGAUGCGCGCUCUGAUAUCCGCAGGAGUCGAUGUACUGCUAAUCGAGACGAUCUUUGAUACGUUGAAUGCGAAGGCUGCAAUCUUUGCUGCUUUGACGUUGUUCGAGAAGUUGUCCAUAAAAUUACCUUUGUUCAUCUCUGGGACGAUCGUGGACAAAAGCGGUAGAACAUUAUCAGGCCAAACCGUGGAAGCAUUCCUCAUCAGUGUCGCUCAUGCCGAGGCAAUGAGCAUUGGUUUGAACUGCGCCCUUGGUGCCGAAGAAAUGCGUCCCUUCAUACAGUCCAUCAGCCGCAGCACGUCCGCCUAUGUUCUGUGCUAUCCGAAUGCCGGAUUUCCCAAUACGUUUGGCGAAUACACUCAAAAGCCGAACGAAUUUGCGUCGUUCAUCAAGGAAUUCGUUGCCGAUGGUUUGGUGAAUAUCGUCGGGGGUUGUUGCGGAACAACGCCACAGCACAUUUCAGCGUUACGAGAGGCCAUUGCAGCAUUGCCUGCGCAGCCUCGAGUUCCUCCUCUAAACGUCAACUCUGAUGCGAUGCUCCUUUCAGGCUUAGAGGAGUCAUUGAAAGUUGCUCAGGACCAGGUUGAAUCAGGUGCACAGAUCUUAGAUGUCAACAUGGACGAGGCUUUGUUAGACGGUGCGGCGAUGAUGUCCAAGUUUCUGAAUCUGGUGGCCAGCCACCCGGAUGUAGCGAGGGUACCUGUGUGCGUCGAUUCAUCAAAGUUCUCGGUUAUCGAAGCAGGCCUGAAGUCGUGUCAGGGUAAAUGCAUUGUCAACAGCAUUAGUUUGAAGGAAGGCGAACCGGAGUUUCUUCAUCUGGCACGACUAAUUAGAAAAUACGGUGCGGCAGUUGUUGUCAUGGCUUUCGACGAAACCGGCCAGGCAGUCGUACCUGAGCGAAAGGUCGAAAUCUGCGUUCGUUCGUUCAACCUGCUUCGAAGCGUAGGAUUUUCGCCCUCAGACAUCAUAUUCGACCCCAAUAUACUGACCAUUGGCACUGGAAUGGAAGAACAUAAUGAUUACGCGAUAUAUUACAUUCAAGCCUUAAAACAAUUGAAAGAGAUUCUUCCUGAGUGUCGGAUAUCCGGCGGUGUUAGCAACCUCAGCUUCUCGUUUCGUGGCCAUGACGUUAUCCGUGAAGCCCUUCACAGCGUUUUUCUCUAUCAUGCCACCAAGGCAGGAAUGGACAUGGGAAUUGUAAAUGCUGGAAAUCUUCCGGUGUAUAGUGAAAUUAACCCCGAGCUGUUGAGGCUGUGUGAAGAUCUGGUGUGGAACAGAGACAGCAUGGCGACCGAUCAUCUGUUGACAUAUGCGCAGAAACACGGAAAAUCAAAAAAGUCAGCUGAGAUCAGCGCGGAAUGGCGCACCCUGCCGCUCGAGAAGAGGAUAGAGUAUUCCCUUGUGCAUGGGUCAAGUGAGUUUAUCGUAGAAGACAUGAGCGAAGCGCGGCUGAAGUAUCCAUCGUCGCUGAACAUCGUCGAAGGUCCUCUUAUGGCGGGAAUGACGGUGGUCGGUGAUCUUUUCGGAUCCGGCAAGAUGUUUCUGCCUCAGGUUGUGCGCUCUGCUCGAGUAAUGAAAAAGGCAGUUGACUACUUGGUGCCGUUCAUAGAAGAGGAGAAAAGGCUGAGCAGCAAAGCGAAUGGCCUAUGCAAUGACAAUUGUUUGAGCGAAGGCUUUAUUCGCAUCGGAUUUAGUUUUGUAAUGUUAUUAUUGAAAAUUUGUUUGCGCGUGCGCACACUGAUUGCUUUAAAUUCUAGGGUGAUUGACCUUGGUGUGAUGAAUCCAUGUAGUAAGAUUCUGGACUGUGCAUUAAGCAACAAAGCUGAUAUAAUUGGUCUUUCCGGUUUGAUCACUCCUUCACUGGACGAAAUGGUGUUCGUUGCAAAGGAGAUGAAUCGCCUGCACCUCAAGAUACCUCUGUUGAUCGGCGGCGCUACUACUUCUAGACAACAUACAGCGGUUCGAAUCGCUCCUUGUUACUCCGGUCCGGUGAUACAUGUCACCGACGCUAGUCGAAGUGUUCCUGUGUGUUCGGCUCUUAUUGAUCCUGUGAUGAAGGAAGAACUAGUCAGCGACGUUAAGGAAAUCUACAAAGAUAUUCGAACUGAUUUUUUGGAAAAGAACGAAGUAAGUACACAGCCAAAGGCGCUACGUCUCGCUAGAUUUUCCCAAUUUUUGGAAAAUUUAUUGAAUUGUCUUUUUCGUUUUUUCUUCUUAACUUUCAGAUUUCCAUUAACAUACGUGUUUCCAUUUCCGUUAUUUCGAAUCACACUGAAUGUGCAGUACCUCUCAAUCGAUCAGGCGCGAAAAAAGGCUCUUCUCGUCAAUAGUUCAGACUAUCACCCCACUACCCCGAAAGUGCUUGGCAUCAAAGUAUUCAAAAACUAUGACCUCCGUCGCUUGAUUCCGUAUAUCAACUGGCGGCCGUUCUUUGACGUGUGGCAGUUGCGAGGCUUGUAUCCGAACCGAACUUUUCCGAAGCUCUUUAACGACCCUACCGUAGGGAAACAGGCAAAGCAGGUCUACAAAGAAGCGCAGUCGUAUUUGCGUCGCAUGGUGGACUGUUCGUUGAUUACGGCGAAUGGCAUUUUUGGUAUAUUUCCAGCAUAUCGACAGGGAGACGACAUCGUGAUCUUGAAACCACAUCUCGACGUCACGGCGUCGCAAGAAAAUCAUCUGGGUACUUUAUGUUGCUUACGUCAGCAGAUGGUGGAAGGCAACGAUCAUUAUCUUUGUUUGUCAGACUUUGUGCUACCGUACAACGCCGAGAUUAUCGAUUACGUAGGAAUGUUCGCCGUAACGACAGGAAUAAAUCUUGAUCAACUCUGCAGAGAGUACGAGAAGGAAUCAGACGAUUACAGCAGCAUCAUGUGCAAGGCGUUGGCCGAUCGUCUGUCUGAGGCAUUUGCGGAAGAACUUCAUGAACGUGUCAGAAAGGAGUUUUGGGGCUACGCACCGGAUGAAGGUUUAACGCCCUCUGAUUUGACAAAAGUUACAUAUCAAGGAAUCCGACCUGCGCCCGGUUAUCCAACGCAACCGGAUCACAGCGAGAAAUUGAAACUUUGGGACUUCAUGGAUGUUGAAUCCAAUACCGGCAUUUCAUUGACUGAAUCUUAUGCUAUGCAGCCGGCUUCUUCGGUGUGUGGAAUUUACAUCGCAUGUCCUCAUGCAAAGUACUUCAGCGUUGGCAAAGUUACGAAAGAUCAGGUAGAAAAUUUUACUGGAUCGUCUAACGGCGUUAUACGUCUUUGA